AUGCACCCCGGCAGGGCUGCAGAUGAAGUCUCAGGAAAAAUGUUCUCCUACAGCCAAGACCCCUCAGGAUGGAGGGUGGUAAACGUGUCAAAAAGUGUUAGGGUUUCCUCCAAGCCUUCGAAAGAGCACGCAGGAAGUAUAUACCGUGGAGAAGGGAUAACUCAGGAAGUCCCUAGUAAAAUCAUUCCUUUUAUGUAUCUUCCUGAAUAUCAGAGCAAAUGGGACAAGGCAUUGCAAUCUUACAAGCUGUUAGAAAGGAUUGACCAGGACACUGGUGUCUACCACAGUGUGACACACAGCCAUGGCAUGGGACUGAUUUCAGCAUGAGAUUUUGUUGACCUGGUGCAUGUUAAACCAUACCCUGGGGAUGUCCUCACAACUAGCUGUAAGUUUGUGGAACACUCCAGCUGCCCUCCGACUCCCUCUUGUGUCCGAGGAUAUAACAAUCCCUGCGGAUACAUCUGGUCCCCUUUGCCCCAGAAUCCAGAGCAUUCCAAGCUAGUUGCAUUUAUUCAGCCAGAACUAGGAGGAAUGAUUCCCUGUUCUCUAGUGGAGUCAGUGCUCCCUACUACUCUCAUCAACCUAAUCACUGCAACAAAAGCUGGACUGAAAAGCCUGGAAGCCCAUAACUAA